AUGGAGAAUUUGGAUUAUCUGGGACCCAAGGAAGUUUACAGCAAUCUAUGGAUUGCAUACAGUGGUGACCAGAAGAGCUCAUGGACUAAAUUGAAAGCUAUGCAUAAUAACAUUCACGACCCUUGGUUAGUUAUGGGGGAUUUCAACGCCAUCAUGAGGGUGGAAGAUAGAAUAAUUGGUUCAGAAGUUCAGGAAUAUGAGGUGAAAGAUUUCAGGGACUUUAUGUUGGAUACUGGAAUGCAUGAAUUGCAGACUAUAGGGAGGGAAUACACUUGGACAAAUAACCACAUUUACAGUAUCAUUGAUAGAGCACUUGCUAAUGCCACAUGGAUGACCUCAAUGAAUGCGUUGAAUGUCCAAAUUCUAGAACCUGGGUUUUCAGACCAUUCCCCAGUGUGUAUUAGGUUCAACGGACAGGGCAGUAGUGGAGGCAAGCCUUUCAGAUUUUUCAAUUGUAUGGAAGAACAUGUUUUAUUUGCUAGUACUGUUGAGGAAUAUUAG